AUGAUUUCUGGUUAUGGAGCUCUAUAUGGCAUCUCGGUUGCAUAUAGCCUUAUACUGAUUUUGGCUGAAGCUGAACACGAAUCACGUCUUAAUAGUUGUGUUUUUACUGGUUGCUGUCAUAUACAUUGGACUAUUUAUCGAGAAAAAAUUGUAGAAUCUAAAAACCUCUGGCUCACUACCUUUGUGUUUUGCUUUCAGGGAUGGACAAUUUUUGAAAUACUGAGAUAUGCUCCUCAACACAACUGGAGUGCUUAUGAAGAGAUUCUUAAAACCAAUCCUGUAUUAGCAAAAAUGGUGAUUAGUGGAGUUGUGUACUCAAUAGGGGAUUGGAUAGCGCAGUGCUAUGAAGGGAAACCACUUUUUGAAUUUGAUCGUACCCGCAUGUUGAGAUCUGGACUUGCUGGAUUCGCUUUACAUGGUUCUCUUUCUCAUUACUAUUAUGAAUUGUGUGAGGCAUUAUUUCCAUUCCAAGACUGGUGGGCAGUUCCUAUUAAAGUUGCCUUUGAUCAAACUAUUUGGUCAGGAAUAUGGAAUAGUAUUUAUUUUGUAGUUCUGGGGCUCUUGAGAUUGGAAUCACCCGUUAGUAUAUUCAAAGAACUGAAGGGAACAUUCUUGCCUAUGCUCACUGCAGGAUGGAAGCUUUGGCCUUUUGCACACCUUGUGACAUAUGGCGUCAUUCCUAUAGAACAAAGACUGCUUUGGGUUGAUUGUGUGGAGCUCAUAUGGGUGACAAUACUAUCGACGUAA